GGUGAGAUUUAUUGACGGUACUUGCAUCAUACUAAAUUACCGUAUCGUAUGGUACGGGUACUUGUGGUAUGAUAUCCCGCUAUCUUAAAAUCCCUGAACCAAGUUCCACGUUGCACAUUCUAUUAUACGCCACGGACCUCUCAAGCUAAAGCUGGGUUAGGGUUGAUAGCUGCUGACAGCAGCCGUUAACCCUAUCUUUUCCUCACCCAACUUUCCCGCCAUCACAACCUCAACUUUCAUCGCCAGCAGCAACAUGUCGGAAGAAGACACGGCAAUCGAGAAAGGCAUCCUAGCGGAGCUGGAUAGGGAAGCAUCUGAUUACCUCAAGGUAAGGCUUCCCCCCCCCCUUCUCUAUUUCCCCUUUUCUGCCUUUUUCUUUCUUCCUCCUACUCUGGGGAAGGCGAGGGAAAAAAGAAAAGUGAGGAAAAGGCCCGAAAUAAUAAUAAUGAGAGGCCAACUAAUGCACUCACCCGUUACCAGGAUGCCGAGAUAUCUCGUAUGAUCUACCCUCCUACCGUACCCUUGCAUUUCCCUACUCUUGCGCCUUAAGGAGAGGGGGGGCGCAAACGCUACUUUGCUCCUCCUCCCUACUAUACUUAAUUCACGAGAAUACGCAAGUGGGUAAAAGAACCAAAAGAGAGAGUUGGCUAACUGCUCACACCAGGGAUCUUGAACGCUUUCAAACUUGAUGCGUAAGAACCCCCCCCCCCCCCCUCCUUCCCUUCUCCACCAAAAUCCUGCAUAAAUUCUAAAACAAGCUGUGGAAACAAAAACAGCUACGCAAUCCUUGACCUAAAACCCGGCGUCCCGGAAUCCGACAUCAAGCUCCAAUUCCGUCGCAAGUCCCUCCUCAUCCAUCCGGACAAGACCAAGAACCCGCAAGCCCCCGAUGCCUUCGAUCGUCUGAAAAAGGCUCAGGGCGUGCUCAUGGACGAGAAGGCGCGCACCCGCCUGGAUGAAGCGAUCGCCGACGCGCGCAUGCUACUCAUCCGCGAGAAGAAAUGGACCGUGGAUAAUCCGGAGCUCACCAGCGAGGAGUUCGCUGUGGAGUGGCGGGAGAAGACCAAAUUUGUCCUGAUCGAGAGCGAGUUGAGGAGGAGGAAGCAGGUCAAGGCGCAGAUGGCCGAGGAAGGGAGGGAGAAGAGGAAGGCGGAUGAGGAGGUUGAGGCGCGGAAAAGGAAGCGGGAGAAUGAGGUUGCCUGGGAAGAGACCAGGGAUCAGAGGAUUAAUAGCUGGAGGGAUUUUAAGAAGGGAGAAGGGAAAAGGAAGAAGAAAAAGGCCAAGCCUUUGGGAUGAAGCUCUUUCCUUUUUUUCCUAUAUUUCCUUUCUUUCUCCGAAAAAAACUCUUAAUGUCUUUCG